AUGAAUAUAAAAUGGUUACCAAAUAUAUCUCUUAUUAAUUAUAAAAAAAAAAAUGGAAAACAGAAAUUUGUGAGGAGCCGCAAGAGGUUUCGUACCAUAACAUGGAAAUACACCAAAACAAUUGGUCCCUUUGCUUCGUUUAUAUACAUAUUUAACCAGAGCAUAGGAUCAGGCCUAUUUGACAUUCCAAGCUUAAUAGACGAAGUAGGAUGGAUCCCAGUAAUUUUCGGAAACCUGUUCGUCUGUUCAGUGGCUGUUUUUUGCAGCCUGAUGAUAUUAAGAGCCAUGACGAUGAUACCCAAGAACAAAAAUUUCGAGCAGAGAAUAGAAUACAGUGCAGUUAUAAAAUAUUUCAUGUCCAAUGAAAAAUAUAAAUUUGUUUCCUUUCUUUACCACUUAGGAAAUUUAUGUAAUAAUAUUUGUGGCAUACUUAUCAUAUCAAAAAUAGUAGACAUGUUCAUUAUUAAAUUAUUUGGAAGUACAAUUUUAUUUCAAGUCUAUCCCCAGAUAAAGGUGUCGAAAUGCUCUUUGUCUCUUUUGGAUUCCAUGUACAAUGGUUAUUACUACUCCAGCACAGGCCAUUACGAAACGGUGGUCAUUGGGGGAGUUACCAUAGGUUACAUUAUUAAUGCAAUUAUAUGUAUACAUUUAUCAUCCAAAGGGUUGGAAGAAACUAUAAAUUAUCAGUAUGUCGUUUUUAUGAUUUUUAUGACGUCAUUUUUGUAUCUCUCCGUUUCUUCCACCAUAUAUUUGCUAUCCCAGGAUUAUGUGGACCAAAAUGGGGCAUUGAGCAAAGUGGACGUGUAUAACAAUUUAAUAUUAAAUAGGGCUCAUUUAGAAACUGAUUUGGUGAAAAAUUAUCGCAAGUAUAAAGAAAUAAAUCAUGUUCCAAAAAAUCCCGAGUUGUAUAGAGCUGAUCCAUUUUUUGAUCAGUGCCCAGUUAUGGACAAGUUGGGAAGAAAUCCCUUUUCAGUAGAAACUAGCAAAAAUGAAAAGGUGAAUAGAAUAAAUCAUGAUUUGAGAAACUUCCAGAGGGAGGUACAAAUGGGUUCACUACACAGAAGAGGAAAAGCAUUCAGCUGCUCCUGUCUUUCGCUAAACUCUUUGUACCAAAAAAAGGCAUACAUUUUUCGCAAUAAUAUUUUUUACUUCACCGUGUCGAGUUGCUUAUACAGAUUGAAUAUCAAAAAUGCUAUCUCGUUGCAGCAUUUUUAUUCGGUAUACAAAAUUUAUUACUCACCGAAGAGCAGCAAUGGGGGAGUUGCAAGUCGAAAAAGGGCCGAGUGGAGACACACCAAAAAGGGGGAGAGCAAAAGGGAAAAACGGAACAAUCACAUAGGGGAAAAAUUUAGCGGGGCACAUUACCCCAACCGGGGGGAAGAAGCUCAGAAAAAGAACAAAAUGUUCUUUACAAAUUUGUACUACAUGAUAAGUAGGAUAGAAGGAAUCAAAAGCUACUGUAUGGGAAAAACCUUCGCCAAUUUUAUUGAUUCUUACGGAUUCGUGAGUAACAUCCCAUCGUGGGGAAAUGAAAUAACGGAUGAUGUCAAUGUAUCCAAAGCUAUCUGGCUCACAGUCAUUUUGAGUAGUAUUUUCUACUUCAUAUUUGGCCUUAUAUUUUGUCUGAACAAUUCGUUUCAAAAAAUUAACACCUCAGUUUUGUACCUCUUUAACUUUGUCGCUGUAGCCCCUAAGGUCAUCACGGGUUCUAUAUCCAUGCGUUAUGAUUUAAUGAAUUUGGACAUAUGCUCUGAUAACGUCUCUUUUUUUUUCGGAUGCAUUGCGCCCUUUUUAUCUGCAUGGAUAUUUUCGAAUAGCAUGAUUUUUUCAGAUGCUUUUAAUUAUACAAGUCUAAUUUGUGGCCUCUUUUGUAAUUUUCUGUCUCCCGCAUUUGCGUAUAUAUCAGCAUGUGAAAGAAACAAGUCCUUUUACAAAAACCCAUUAAGAAAGUAUACAAUUGUGAACAGGAAAAAGACAGUCUUCUCGAGCAGUUCGGACAUUCGAAAGGCUCUGGGGAAUAUAAUCGAUACGUUUGACGAUAAUGAUGAGGUGCACGCAGUGGAAGACAGCGAUGACGAGAAGGAGAGGAAAAGGGAAAUGGGGGAAGAUAAUUAUAAACUGCAAUGUGACGAUGAAGAGCAGGAGGAGGAAGGGCUACUAGGGUACAGAAGAUCCUUGUCCUUAAAUCGGUAUGCCAAUCAGAGAGAAUCAAAUAUUUCUUCCAUUAGCAGAAGCUCCUACUUCAAAAUCGUAAACGGAGAAUUCUUACCGAAAAGCUACUCCAAGAACAGCACUGGACAUGACUCCCCAUCAGAGAGAAACUCAAGUGAUUUUAAAUUAUCAAAUAAUUAUGACAGCAAUGCGGGGAUAUAUACACAUGGAGACACGGCCGAAGAGCAGCCACUUCACAUAAACAGAGAUGCGAAAAAGGGAGAUGGCACCAACGACAGUGCCUGUUUGGGAAAAAAGGGGAAGAAGAAGAAAAAAGGCGUGAUGUUUUCUGACGAAAUAGUGGAGUGCUCUUCACGGGAUAUUUUCAAGUCCAAAAGGGUUUACAGUUUUGGUAAAAAUGGGGAGGAAGAGGAGGGCACUCUGAGUAGCGAUCGAUAUACAAAAGGGAGCCACUCAAACGAUAACGACAUUUGUGGAGAAACAAAAGAGAUGUCCUUGGAGCAGCUCAGUCGAACAAACCAACGUGACGAUACAUGGGGAAGCAAAAAUAAUUCCUAUGAAAUUUUAGAAGAUGUUAAGAUGCAAAAAGGAAAAAAGGUAAAGAAAAAAUUAAUGUUUUCAGAUGAGGUUCAACUGUGCAAUGACAUAGACGAAGCUGCAGAAAUGGAAAAAAAAAAUUCCAGAGGAGUAACAUUUAAAGAAGAAUUAAAGGAACCCACUACGGAGGAUGUAAAACAUGCGAAAAAGGAAAAAAAGGAAAUAUCGUUCUCGCUCAAUGUGCAACUUUGCAGUGAAGAAGUAGACGCAAGGCAGUGUAGCCAAUUUAGUAUAAUGGUAAAUGAUGAAGCAGUUCGUGAAAAAAAAGGGGAACAAGGAGGAAACGUGAAUCCAACAAGUGACAUUGAAAAUAUGGUAGGAAAUAGGAACAGUGAGGGGCACAAAACAAUCCUAUUUGAGUACGAAAAUGGAGAAGAAACCGAGUCGGUGGAGCCUCAAAAGGGAGAGCCAGUUUUACCAAGCAUUAACGAGAAUGAACAACAAACUGGGAAAAUUAGCAAAAAGGGAUCUGCAGAUUUGCAUGAGCCUGUGCUGGACAACCUUGUGCAGGAAAGCGUUAACGAGGCAUGUCCAGCGCAAGUUUCCCCUCGCUAUGAAAUAAGAAUAAUAAGUAAUAAUGCAUGCGUAGUUAGUGGCGGAGAAGAGGCAAAAGGGUGCUCAAACGACAGUGGAAAAAAUUGCGAAAUUGACCUUGGCGAUCAAAACGGAACAGCAGUGAAGCAUUCAGAAAAUGAACAUACACCCGGUGCAGACAAAAUAAAACUUAAAGAAAAGGAGAAGAAAGGAGGAAACUUUCUUUGUGUCCAUUUCGAGGAACAUACGCAGGAAGAAACUGCUGCAACGUUGUCCAAAAAUAUAAACACAAAGAUUGAGAACACUAUACAGUAUGAGCGAAUUUUUAGCGACUCCGCAAUAAAUUACGGUGCGAGGAACCAGAUGAAAAUAGGGGAACUGAAAGAAAAUGAGGUUAUAAGAAAAAACAGGAGUUUCGAACAGCACGAACAAAUCUUUAAACGUCAGAGGGAGAAACUAAAGUCUCACUACAAAUGCACCAUAUCGAAUGUGCUAGAAAAAAUUGGCAAUUAUGAUGAUUUAAUACAAAGCAUGGAUCACUUAGAGAGGAAGGAAAUAAACGGAGAAAUUUUUCUGAAGAGCACUUCAAACAGGUUUGAAGAAGGGAACAAACUGGGUUCGUCUAAUCGGAACACCUUAGGCGUGGGUUCUACCAAUGACAAGCCCUUUCUCGAAGACACGCUCGUUGAAGAAGCCGAUGACACGGUUAAUAAAGAAAACACAUUCUUUUCUUUUGAAAAGGAUGAUGCUGUUGUUAUUCCGAAUGUUCUGGUAGACAAAACCUGUGAAAGUAAUAGUGACAUUGGCAAAGGUCGCAAUGGAAGCAAAAAGGUAUUUUUUUCGGAGCAAAUCGAACAGGUGCAAGUACAGGAAACAAGAAGUUUGGACCAUAAAGCCAUGGAAGGAAGGACGUAUAGCAUUCAUUUGAGGAAAGAAAACUCAAAGGAUGAAGAAAUUUUAAUUAAUAACAUGAAAGAUUUAAGUGGAGAACAAUAUUUAAACAAGAACAGUUCGCAACAAGGGCAAUCGUUACACGUAAACCAAAUGAAAGAUCACAUUGGGGGGAACUCACAAAGUUGUCAUUUCGAUGAUGUGUUGACUCCUGAAAAUUCCAACAAUCGUGAGGCUAACAUGAGCACGUGCAAAAUAAAUCUGCUAAUAAAUAACACCAGCUACAGAGAUCAACAAGACGCUCUGCUUAAGCAUUCCAAGUCGGAUGCACUAGCGGGGGAGAAGCACCAUAACAUGAGUGCCCUUUCAACAGAACAAGAUGAAAACACGCAUAAUGAAGAUAAUCCUCCGUCUUUGAGAGAGCACAAAGAUGAUCUGCUUUCAUUUUCAUUUCUAAACAAUUUUAAUAAACAGAAGUGUGCAUCGUGUGAAAUUAUAUCGCCACCUGAACAUGCUGCUAUGCCGCAAAGAAAAAUGAAAACCUUAAAUUAUCAGGACCCUGUCAACGAGAUGGAUAACGCCAAUGAGAAGCUUCAUAAAAAGAACACCCUUUUUGUUAGGCAAAGGAAAAAAUUAAAAUCUUCCUUUCAUACAAACGGGGAUAUGAUAAUAGGCAAUCAUAAAGAAGCAAUACACAAAGAACAAAUUAACGAAUUUCGAAAACAAAUAAGCAAAGAAUCGUGCAUAUUUAAUUAUUACGAUGAUGAGAAAUGCACAGACAUAGCGCAAGGGGAGGCGUGUCAAAUGGAUAAAGAGAAGGUUGAUCAAGUGAUGACUGAAAAUAAAGUUACUGAAAACAAUGCAAAGUUAGAAAUACCAAUACUACAUAUAAUGAAAUCGUAUGAAUCACAAACGGCACCCCCAAACGUAGAUGUGGAAGUGAAAGAUUCGGUGGAAUCUAAAUCCACGGGGGACCCAAGACGAAAAACAUGCUACAAAUUUGCGGACAUUUCGAAAUUGGUUAGUGACAUAGAUUUGUGUGAAUUUGAAUCUGAAGAGAAUGAGAUGCUACAUGGGGGGCAUCACAGCAUGGGAGACAAUAAUGAGGCAAUGCAGGGUGAAGAUAGCGGAGAUCAUUUCUCAACCCCAACGAAUGACGCAAAUUUGGAAUCCAAUAAGCGUGUUAACUUUGACGAGGAAAAGGACACAUCCGCAGAAACCGAAAAACCAGAUGUUGUAAAGGAACUCGAAAGAAUAUACUCCGCAUUGUCAACUAAAUUGCAUUCGGAGGAUUCAGAAAUGUGCACAAAUGAUGACCAUGAUCAUACGGACUGUGUUGAUUUUCGCUGUUUUAAAAUUAUAGACAAUGUUAGCCCCGUCAAACAUUACUACAAUGCUUUCCGUAGAAGUAAAAUUUUAGACUUGAAAAAAUAUGAUCAUAUUUAUUCAAACAACUUUAUGAUAGAUAAGACAAAUAUGGAUCACCUGUGUUCCAUUUUUUUGUUUGGAAAUCCUUUGGAAAGAAAUGAAAAAUAUGCGGAUAAUAAUAAUAAUAAAAGCGAAGAUGCAGGUGAAGAACAGAAAGACACGACUAGCGAUGCUCAGAACGACAAUUCGAACCAAGAAGACAGGUGCGAUUCUACUGUUACUUUUGAGGACCAAAAAGAAAACACUUCUUCCCCUUCAGGUUUGUGUGAAGAAAAGGGUCCUCUUAUUAAACGAUCCUUUUCUGGAAGUUUAGAAAGUCACAGUGAAAUACUCAAGAGAUGUGUAUUUGAAAAAAGUGACCUAAGCGGCAGCGGUGUUCUUUCUCGAAGGAAACCCAACUUAAAAUUUAGCCUCAAUCAGGAAAUUAUAAACACGGAGGAAUUAAACGACAUAUUUCGCAGCAACGACAUCGUUGGAGACGUAAGGAAGAACUCUGACAAAAUAGAAGUCAUGAAAAUUAGGAUUCAUGUGUACCCAGCCCUUCUCCAAAAAUACCAUGUAGAAACAACUUACUUGUUACUGGGAUGUCUAACAGUUUUUUCGUUCGUCGGUAUUAUAACCGAUUUUUUAUUUGGUUAA